GUCCACCACCUUUUAGUACUAGCCCUUUUUUUUUAGCUACAAAAUUCUUUGAACUCCCUUUUAUUUUAUUCUAAAAUAUGUUGCAAAUGGGGGCUGAGUUCAAGAAAUUCUUGGUGGGGUUUGUUGUGAUGGUGGUGGUGGUGGUGCCGAUCGGGGUUUUAGCACAGCCCCAGGUUCCAUGUUACUUUAUUUUUGGAGAUUCCCUGGUGGACAAUGGUAACAACAACAAUAUCAAUUCUUUGGCUAAAGCUAAUUACUUGCCCUAUGGAAUCGAUUUUCCUGGUGGACCAACUGGAAGGUUUUGUAAUGGAAAAACUACCGUUGAUGUUAUAACUGAGCUACUGGGAUUCAAUGGAUAUAUUCGACCCUUCACAAGAGCCCAGGGCCAAGACAUACUCAAAGGAGUAAAUUAUGCUUCAGCUGCUGCUGGAAUUAGAGAAGAAACUGGCCAGCAAUUGGGUGCCAGAACUAGUUUUACUGGGCAGGUGAAUAAUUACAACAACACAGUUUCUCAAAUUGUGAGCUUACUUGGAGACCAAAACCGUGCUGCAGCUUACCUUAGCAAAUGCAUAUAUUCAGUUGGACUUGGCAGCAAUGACUAUCUUAACAAUUAUUUCAUGCCUCUAUUCUACUCAAGUAGCAGACAAUUCACACCUGAGCAAUUUGCUAAUGCUCUUAUUGGCCAGUAUUCUCAACAAAUAAGGAGAUUGUAUAACCUUGGAGCAAGGAAGCUUGUUUUGAUCGGAGUGGGUCAAAUUGGAUGCAGUCCAAAUGAAUUAGCCCAAAAUAGCCCUGAUGGCAGAACUUGUGUGGCCAGAAUCAACUCGGCAAAUCAGAUGUUCAAUAGCAAACUUAAGUCUUUAGUGGACACCUUGAACAAUCAAUUCACUGAUGCAAGAUUUAUCUACAUUGAUGCUUAUGGGAUUUUCCAGGAUUUAAUCAGCAGUCCCUCUGCUUUUGGUUUCACUGUGACAAAUAGAGGUUGCUGUGGAGUUGGGAGAAACAAUGGCCAGAUAACAUGUCUUCCUUUUCAAACUCCAUGUCCUAACAGAAAUCAGCAUCUAUUUUGGGAUGCAUUUCAUCCAACUGAAGCUGCAAAUAUCAUAGUUGGGAGAAGAUCAUACAGGGCUCAAAAGUCAUCAGAUGCAUAUCCAAUUGACAUAAGUCGCUUAGCUCAACUUUGAACAUGGAGAAUUUUCAUCAAAUGAAGAGUCUUGCAGGGUCUACCUGCUUAAUAACUAUUUACAUUUUGCUGUUUUUACUGUUGAGUUGUUGUUGAGUGUCUGAGUAACUGCAAAACGUGAUGUACCAAAGACUUGUUCAGAAGUUGUACUUCUUUUUCUUGUUUAAUGUUAAAUUACUAAGUUAAACUA